AUGGCGAGGAGGAAGCGCAAAGCCGUUCUUGAUGAGGUCUCCAAUGACGAGGUGGCGCCACGUGCGAAGCCACGUCCACGCAAGAAGCAAGCCGUGACCAAGACCAACAGUGCCGCAACCAAAACCCUGAUUCGCAAGAAUGCGGCUACCUCACCACUACUCCUACUACCUUCAGAGAUCCGAGAGAACAUUCUGAUCCACCUCGUGGGUGACAACCUCAUUCAUGUCAAGUAUCUUGAUGUUUAUGAGCUUUCGCUUGCGAUCAGAGAGAAGAAAGAACCUUUUGAUAUUGGUGCUAGUGAAGACGGUGGAUCCCGUGAAAAGCGACAUUAUUUUAUGUUCGAUACUGACGAUGACGAUUGCAACGAUGGCGAAGAUGACGACGAUGAUGACGAUGGUGCAAUCGCAGCCCGCGUAGCUAGGCUUGCUUCGUCUGCUGCAGGUCGAGCGACUCCGUCUGUAUGGGAGCAAGCCAGUCAACCGGCCUUCCGCCAUGCUAUCUGUGUUGCCAAUCUGUCAGAGCAGUCUGCUUAUGAGGAAGCUGUUUCCGGUCAUGCGGUCGUCCCAGAGGGCGAGUCGCCGGAAUUUUAUGUUGCCUCCUGUCAAGAGCGUCACGCGACCUGUAACAUGUGUGGAAGCGGACCCAUGUUCCUACGCGAAGAGGAUCGGCAAGCUCUCAGGGUUGACUUGAAUGUGCUUGGUGUUUGCCGCCAGUUAUACGAAGAAGCGAAUCACCUUCUGUGGGCUACCAACACUUUCUCAUUCGAGGAUCCCAAAACACUCGAAAAAUUCCUCUGCAGCCUGAACCCAGCACAGAAACGCAAACUUACCAGCAUCCACAUCUCCGCAACCAUCGGUGGCCUUGGCUCGUACUAUUAUAACAGCGGCUACCAGCGAGCACGUUGGGACACCAGUUACUGGGGGAAAGCCCUGAAGAUGUCCAAUUUGAAUGUGAUACGAGGGGUUCAAGUCCUUCAUUUAUGCAUAAAUCAAGGAUUCGAGUGCGUCUUUCGGGGAUACGGCAACACCAACGACUCAGCAGAACAGCAGAUUGCCAAUACCCAGCAAGCAGACCUGGAAUCCAUCCUACGCCUGCGUGCUCUUUCGGUAAAGCAUGUCACGGUCAUAGUGAGUGACGAUACCACAAAGUUGGAGAGAGAUGGUAAGAGCGCUCAUAGGUGGACCGCGAUAAAGAAAAAAGAGUACGCGGAGAGUAUUCGUGUACAGCUGGUGGAUCCCAGUGGUGCAGAGCUUGUGAAGAAGGAAGCUGAAGCCGAAAAUCUGGCAAGAAAGACCGUAGUCAGAGACAACGCGGUGGCCAGAGUUAAGAGCUAUAAAUCAAUUUUGAAAAACAAGCAAGCCGACGUGGUCAGAGUUGCAUUAUGGGCAAGCCGUGAAGAAGCCAAGGCGCGGUUGGCCGCACAAAAGGCAGAUCAAGUAUCAAACAAGCGUUCAAAAAAGGCCGCGAGGUUACAGCAAGAUGCUGAGAGACAGAAGGAACAUGUGAAUAGAGCGAGAAACGCGGCAGAUGGCGCAGUCGAGACAGAGAAGACUUGGCAAGAGCAAGUAGCCAACGCGAGGGAGAAAUACAAACGGGCGAUGGCUAAUCUGGGGGCGACCCCGGAGGAAAUCGAAGACGAGGAAGAAGCUGAGAGGCUUCUGGAGGGGUCAAGUAGUUCUAACACCGACGUUGGGGGGGUUAAUGUGGCUCAGGCCCACGGGAUUGUUCAGUCAGACGACGAUGAACCGCUGGCAUCUAGCCCAGAAGAAGAAGAUCCCGAUGAAGAUGACGAAGUCUCCUCCUGA